AUGGCUUUAGUCUACAGAACUGUGAUGCAAUUAAGUGGCAUUUUAUUCUCUCUGUUGGGAUGGGUUCUAUCCUGUCUCACUACCUAUUUACCUCAGUGGAAAAAUCUCAAUUUAGAAUUAAAUGAAUUGGAGAUCUGGACCAUGGGACUCUGGCAAGCUUGUGUUGUCCAAGAGGAAGGGGGAAUGCAAUGCAAGGAUUUUGAUUCUUUCUUGGCUUUGCCUCCAGAGCUUAGGAUUUCUAGGAUUUUGAUGUUUGUUUCAAAUGGAUUAGGACUUUUGGGCCUCGUGCUUUCAGGUUUUGGGUUGGACUGUUUAAAGAUCGGUGAAAGACAACAGGAACUAAAGAAACGGCUAUUACUGCUUGGAGGAACACUCUUCUGGAUAUCAGGAAUUACAGCCAUAGUCCCAGUUUCUUGGGUUGCUCACACUACAGUCCAGGAAUUUUGGGAUGAGAAUAUCCCAGAUAUUGUUCCCAGGUGGGAUUUUGGGGAAGCACUAUUUGUUGGCUGGUUUGCUGGAUUUUGUCUUAUACUAGGAGGGUCACUACUUAGUUGCACUGUCUGUUCAACUGAAGUCCAUCCAUCCUCAGCCCAUUACACAGUAGCAGAAAUGCAAGAUCACUGUCAACACUUGGAAACUGAAAAUAGUCCUGAAAAUCUAGGAGUUUAA